AUUGAGCAAAUGCUGGCUGUGAAUCCCGGAAAGACGCCCAUCAGUCUGCUGCAGGAGUAUGGAACGCGGAUAGGCAAGACCCCAGUGUAUGACCUGCUGAAGGCCGAGGGACAGGCCCACCAGCCCAACUUCACGUUCCGCGUCUCCGUCGGAGAGAUCAGCUGCACCGGCCAGGGGCCCAGCAAGAAGGCAGCCAAGCACAAAGCAGCUGAGGCUGCUCUGAAGAUGCUAAAGGGAGGCCUCGGAGGUCCUGCCGGAGUUGGUAUUGGAGUAGACGGGUUUAUUGGGGUUGAUGUGUCUACUGAUGCAGAUGGGUCAGAGCUGGUGGUGCAGAAAGGAUGGCGUUUGCCAGAGUACACAGUCACUCAAGAGUCUGGUCCAGCACAUCGCAAAGAGUUCACCAUGACCUGCAGAGUGGAGAGAUUUGUAGAAAUCGGAAGUGGUACAUCUAAGAAGCUAGCCAAGAGAAACGCAGCAGCUAAGAUGCUGUCACGCAUACACGAUGUCCCCGUAGAUAUGAGGACCAGCAAUGAUCCUGAUGCCGAAGAUGAUACAUUUACUGUGAACAUAGGCAGCAGAGCGGAGUCGGGUAAAAGUAAAGGCUUCAGCUGCACGUGGGAUUCUCUGCGUAACUCUGCCGGUGAGAAGAUCCUCCAACUCCGCAGCCAUCCUCUGGGCAUGCCCUCUGAUUCCAACUUCUGCUCUUUGCUCAGCGAACUGUCUCUGGAGCAGCGCUUUGAUGUCAGCUACCUGGACCUUG